UCGUGCUCAUUAACACGUGACUGGAGAUUUGGGGAACUUACUUUCCUCGGAACUACGAGAUCUGUUGCAGUUUGUACAGAGAAGUCGGAAGACGGAGUGAAAGCAUGUUCUGUUCAGAAGAGAAGAGAAGAGGAAAGGGAGAUCUAACUAGCGUGAGAAACCAAAGGAAUGGAAAAUCUUCCAGAAGAUAUCACGUUGAACAUAUUGUCUAGAUUACCCGCUGAGUCUGUGUUAGAAUGCAAAUUAGUGAGCCCAAACUGGUUGAGAAUCCUACACUGCAAUGCUACUUAUUUCGCUGUUAAGCACCUACAUCACCAAUUACGGCAACUCGCUGAUUAUAAGGCUAAACAUGGUGGUGCUGAUAAGUUGGACUCAGGGUGUGGUAUCCUUUAUGCAAUGCGGUAUGAUAGAAGAUUGUUGAAAGCUAAACUUUGCUUCGGAAAUUAUGGUCAGAGGAUGAGUCACGAGGACCUUUCACAUUUACACUGCCAGAAUAUGCACUCUCCACUCGAUCAAUAUGGCGUUUCAAAACUUAAGACGAUCAACCACGAUCCUUUUCGUACAUGGGAGAAUCAACUCAUAGUUGGUUCAUGCAACGGUUUGGUUUGCGUUAAUUUGAUGUCUCGCCAUGGGUUUGAGGAUCCUAUAUAUGUAUGCAAUCCCCUCACCAGAGAAUACAUUUAUCUGGAUAAAUUUAACCAGGACUGUAAGUUUCAGGAUUCUAUGUUUAUUGGAUUUGGUUACCUUUCUCAAACUGAUGAGUAUAAGGUUGUUAGAAUAUUUAAAGGUCAGGACUUAAUGGCACAAGUCCAGGUCUACACUCUAGGCGAUGGCAUUGGGUGGAGAGACAAAGGAGAGCUCGACAUGUUACUUCAAAGUGAGCCAGGUAUCUUUGUAAAUGGAUCUCUUUAUUGGUUUGAAUGCCUUGAACAGGAAAUUGUAGCAUUCGAUUUGGUGUCUGAGGUCUUUCAAGUGAUCCAGUCACCAACCUGUCUCGACUCUACGUUGAAUUCUUACACUUGCCUUUGCUUGUUGGGAGGUUGCCUUUGCCUUGCUUAUCAAGAUCCUUAUGGACCCCUCGAAUUAUGGUUAUAUAGGGAGGAGAAAGAUAGCGGUCGUGGCACGAACGACAAAAAGCACUGCUUCUGGAGCAAGGAAUAUAUGAUCGCGUCGGAGACCAAGGGGCUUUAUACACCCGUUGCCCUUACAGAGCGCGGUGAAAUUUUAUUGUGGACAGGUAAGAUGCUCUGUUGUUAUGACCCUAAAACGGCAUGUCUUGUGGAACUUGCGAGUUGUUCUGAUAUGAGUAAGAGCUUUCGAAAAGGUCAAACAGUUCUUCACAUGAAUUCUUUUGUUUCACUAAAAGCGUUGGGAGAAAAGUUUGCAAAAAUAAGUAGAAGACAAUGUGACCAGCUGCUGGAAUCAUCAACCAGCAAGUGAUGGAGGAUAAUGCGACCAACGAUGGCACUGAUAUUAAUAGUUGGUAGCACUAGCAUAUUAUUUUUACAGUUUGAUUUGAUUUCCUCAUGACUAAUCCCGAUAAGAUAUGCAUGAUGUUUUAUAUAUCAAUUAAUAACAUUGAUUUUUAU